ACCCGGAGUUCCCGUCUGGUGGACAUCUUCCGGUCGUGUGUCAGGUCAAAAUGCUCGUCCUCAGAGGUUUAACGAGAAUAAGAACAGUUUUAUUACAACAAGGAAACACAGGUUUAAGAAGUCUCACAACAACCUCAAGUGUAGUCCAACCAAACGAGGACAGGCUCAUUAAAAUGGAAAACCCCUACAAAGAGCCUCAGAAAGGAUGCCUGCUCUGCAAUGUGACUGUAGACUUCAAGAACACUCAGCUGCUGUCUCAGUUCAUCUCUCCGUACACCGGACGGAUCUACGGACGCCACAUCACACGAUUAUGUUCCAGGAAACAGAAGGAGGUGGCCAAAGCCGUGAAGAAAUCCCACGCUUUGGGUACGUCUUCCUCACGCUGA